AAGUAGGUUAACACUGCGAAAGCGCAUGUCCGAUAAAAAGUCUACAUAAAGUUGACAGUUGUCGUGCAAUGCUCCCGUAGUGUGGAAUGUGUACGUGUUAAGACGAGUAUGAUAAUGUAGUAGUGUGGUUUUCUCAUUGUGAUUUUGUCGAAAUGCGGAACAUUUUUAAAUAAAUGUCUCGGACUACAAUGUAAGACUUAGCCGUGAGUUCGUGCUUGGUUUUAAAUUUGUUUUUUUUUUAUUUGAUAUCGGACGUUUCGUUUUCGUUUACAAUUUCUACAUUAUUAUAAUUAAACCCUCCUGGAACAUUUACACAAUUAAUUUCGAUACUCGACCAGGUAUAUCUGUGAUAAAUCUCUUUAAUACUUAACCGUACAGCAGUAUUGUGUGAUGAGUAGUAUCUUUUAAUUGAAAAUUGAAAAUACCUUGUAUCUAAUUUUCUUUUAUUUAACCAAUUUACAACAAUGUUCCACGGAAAACUUCGAAUUCAUACUUGCCGUGUUAUCCUUCUAACCUCGUUAGUGUGGUUUUUAAUUGAUGUGAUAAUUUUGUCGUUUUAUUCGGAUUGUAUUGGGACUUCGUGUAAAAGAACUGGUGAAUAUGAAGUAGAAAUAGCAGAACCCUUAGUUUACAAUAAUAAAAUUGGUGAUGAAAACGUUGGAGCAAGAAGUAUAGAAUCGAGCAGCAUGAGCUUCCCUUUAACAUACAAACCGCAGCAAUUAUAUCGAUGGCGACCAGCUCCGUCGGUGACUCCUGUGAAGGGCUUGCCUGGUGAAAAGGGCAAGCCGGUGAUAAUACCGGCCGAAGAGGAGGGUCUGAUGAAAGAAAAAUUCACAAUCAAUCAGUUCAAUGUUAUGGCUAGCGAUAUAAUUUCCCUCAACAGAUCGUUGCCAGAUGUUCGACUUGAAGGAUGUAAGGACAAAACAUAUCCAAAGCUUCUUCCAUCAACAUCCAUUGUUAUUGUCUUCCACAAUGAAGCGUGGUCUACGUUAUUAAGGACCGUGUGGAGUGUAAUUAACCGUUCCCCACGGCCGCUCCUACGGGAGAUAAUCCUGGUGGACGACGCCAGUGAAAGAGAUUAUCUGGGCAAGAAAUUGGAAGAGUAUGUUAAAACACUUCCGGUGUCGGUGAUAGUUUUACGUACGGGUAAACGUUCGGGUCUAAUCCGCGCUCGGCUGUUGGGCGCGAAACACGUUAAGGGCGAAGUGAUUACGUUUUUGGACGCCCACUGUGAAUGUGCGGAAGGAUGGCUUGAGCCAUUGCUCGCCCGCAUUGCCGACAAUCGGAAGACAGUCGUGUGUCCAAUAAUAGAUGUCAUUUCCGACGAGACGUUCGAAUACAUAACCGCUUCCGAUAUGACAUGGGGCGGAUUCAAUUGGAAACUUAACUUCAGAUGGUACCGUGUUCCACAACGAGAAAUGGACCGAAGGGGAGGUGAUCGAACAGCACCCCUCAGGUCUCCGACAAUGGCAGGAGGUCUGUUUUCGAUUGACAAGGAUUACUUUUACGAAAUAGGAAGUUACGACGAGGGUAUGGAUAUUUGGGGUGGCGAAAAUUUAGAAAUGAGUUUUAGGGUUUGGCAGUGCGGCGGAAUAUUAGAGAUAAUUCCAUGCUCGCACGUUGGACACGUAUUUCGUGACAAAUCCCCGUACACGUUUCCUGGAGGCGUGUCGAAAAUCGUGUUGCACAACGCAGCCCGUGUUGCUGAAGUGUGGAUGGACGAGUGGCGCGACUUCUAUUACGCUAUGAACCCAGGAGCGGUCAACGUUCCUGUGGGUAACGUAUCCGAGCGGAAGGCCCUGAGGGAGAAAUUACACUGUAAAAGUUUCAGAUGGUAUCUGGAAAAUAUUUAUCCCGAAUCGCAGAUGCCUUUGGAUUACUACUAUUUGGGAGAUAUUCGUAACGUGGUGACACAAACGUGUUUGGAUACGAUGGGCCGCAAAUCCGGUGAAAACCUGGGCCUCAAUUACUGCCAUAAUAUGGGAGGCAAUCAGAUCUUUGCCUAUACCAGACGUCAGCAAAUUAUGUCCGAUGAUAAUUGUUUGGAUGCAUCGCAAAAAUACGGUCCUGUCAAGUUGGUCCGCUGUCACGGAAUGGGAGGCAAUCAGGCUUGGGUUUAUGAUGAAGACGAACGAACGAUUAAGCAUGUAAAUACAGGGAGUUGUCUGCAAAAGCCUGACAAAUCCGAUAUGAGUUUACCUCUUCUACGACCCUGUGAUUUGUCCCGCGGUCAACAGUGGAUCAUGAAAAGCAAGUUCAAGUGGCAAGCAAAUAAAGAGAACGACGUUGCGGUGGACAGCUAGGGAUUCAUCUUCAGUUUUCAAACAAGAGAAAAUCGAACAUACGUUAAGUUAAAGUAAAAUUUAGAAAUAUUUACUCAUUACGUUAUUAAUAAUCGAAAGUGAACCCGUUUCGUCGGUUUUUCCGCGCGUUGGACGAAAACGAAUACUGAAACGAUCACGUGGGUGAGUUUGCCGAAAAAGUAACUUUUUUAGUGAAACACUGCUGCUGAAAAUGAAAAUAUUAAUGAAAACGAAUUAAGGAGAGAAAACUAUUACUAUUUAACGGUUAGCUAGUCAAGUUAGUGCAAUUUGGUUCAAGAGCACAUUCAUUUGUUAAACUAUUUAUAAAAUGAAAAACGGAUUAAUUAACGUUUCAUCAUCUACGAAAUCAAAAUGACAAUCACUUCUACAGGAUAAUUUUUAAACAUUUCGUCCUAUUUAUCCAUUUAAGUUGUUAAGAAAAUAGAUAGAUUACUUAAUAACAAUAUUUAUUUCCAAAUUUAUGGCAGCUGAUUCUUUUCUGUUCGGAUAGAAACUAUUUAAAUAAGCCUUUAGGUUUAUUAAAACACCAUAAAAUGAACUUCAUAUAUGAAUAUAAUUUCAGUUCAUUGAUAAAAGUAACGAAAUAAUUUGUACCGAGAAAAUAAAAUUAAUUUUAAACGUUGAAAGGGACUAGGAGCAAUAACAAUGUUAAAAUAAUAAUAAUUGUUUCUAAAAAAUUUUCUUAUUAAGUAAUUUUUUAAUUGUUUCUCACACAUUCUAAUGAUUCAUAACAUUUAAGAUCAGUCCUACAGUUAAACACAAUAUUUAUGUUUGGUGGUUAUAUUAGACCAUUUUCGGUUUUUCUAAUUUUUUUUGUAUUUACCCAUAGUUGUGAAAGAUAUUUUAUAUUGAACGGAUGAUGGUACCACUCAAAUUUUGAAAUGUGUUUUUUUCUUAUUACAUGUAUAAGUAUCCAUAAUUUAAAAAAAAUUGGUACGGUGUAGUUAAUAUGAAAUGUAGUUAAUAAUGGGAGAAUACAAAAAAUUGGCAAAAAUGCCAUGUGUUUAACUGCUAUUAUGUUAUAAAUUAUUAGAAUAAGUGUAAAUAUCAUUAAAACAAUUAUUAUAGUAUACUUAUUGAACUGUUCUGGGGCCCACUUUCAACCUAGUCCUUUUCUCCUCAGUAUUUUUAUGCAUUUCGAUUUCCCUAAUUAUAAUUCCCUCCAAUUUUACAAAAAAAAAAUAGCGAGAGA